UAGUUUUUUUUUUCCCCAGUCUAAUUGGUCCUCCUCCCUCCUCCCUCAGCCUCCCCUUCUUCUUCAGGUGGCGUCUGGUCUCUCUCUAUCUAUCUCUCGUCCCCAACAAAAUCGCUUCUUUUUCUUCUUCUUCUUCUUUAUUAAAACCCACACCAAAAAAAAAACAAAAAAAAAUCCUAAAAAAUAGAAGAAGAGAAGUGGUUACAGAUGAUUCGAUGUUCAUUUCAGACAUGGAGCGAAAAACCCUAGCGACUACGCCUCCUUCCUUCUUCUUCUUCUUCUUCUUCUUCUUCCACCUUCGAGGAGCAGCAUUUGGUUCAUCAAAGGCAUCUCAUUGUCUUCUCCUUCUCUCAUGUCUAUUGCUUUCCUCAGUCAAUACUUUGCAUAACUUAGCUGAGUAUGACUCUUUUGGUUCCAAUGGCUACUACUACUACAACACUGGUUCUCCUGCUACUAAGGGGUUUCAGGGUCAAGAUUCUCAGAGUGUAGCUAUCCCCAAAACUGAUCACAAUGUUUGUCCCAGUUCUCAGUUGUUCUGUUUCCUUUCAGCUUUAAGAUCACAGAAUCAGUCUGAUCCAUUUGUACCCUUUUCUGGGGUGCCUUGUCCCAAAGAAUCACUGAGUAGCUCUGCUCUGAUCAUAAACAAUCUAUCUGGUGUUGUGUGGCUGUCUCUUAAGCCUGUCCACAUCAUAGAGUUUCAGCCUUUUACUGGAUUCUUUCACAUUGGAGACACCACUUGUUACAAGCCUUUGUCGAAAGAGCUCUAUACUAAGAAGAACACAAGGGAGCUGAGUGUUCCCAACUCAAGGGAGUGUGGAGGAAAUGGUUUUGUAGUGAACCAUCAGAGUGAAGGGUUUUCAGUAGAGCCAGGGGAAUCCAUCAAGUUUCUAUUUUUCUACCAGACUGAACUCUCUUUGGCAUCUGGAGUUGCUGUUUUUGCAGUACCAAUGAAGGCGACAUCACCUGUUUUGAUGCUUAAUCUCUGCAAGAAACCGGUCUUUUGGGUGCGGACUAAGAAACUCUCAAUUGCGGUUCUUAUUGCUGCUGCUGCUGCUUUACUCAUUCUGAUAUUUUGCUUCAAUGAUCACUUCAUCGAGGAGAACAACAACAACAAGAGAAACCACAUGGAGUUGAGAGAAGUUGAGAAACCAUCCGCAUUCACAAUCUCCCCUGAAAUGAAUUCUCUGCUAAGAUCCAUAACCAAAGAAAGCCUCCAAGUUGCUUCUGUUUCCUCUUCCCACGAAGAAGAAGCAUCAGAAGCUGUGAACCUCACUGUAAAGACUGCAAAAGACAAAAAGAGGCGCCGGAACAAGAAGAAGAAGAAAGGAGGAAUCAACGGAUUAACACCCGAGCGCACUGAUGUUUCAAGCAGUCACAGUGGAAACUCAACUCCUAACUCUCCAAUGUCACCAGAGCCACCAACUACUACUCGAGCCACAACGAAGCCCGUAAAGCAUCCUAAACCAGUCUUGUCACACUCAGCAACGUUUCCGGUUUCAGGAGUUAAGUCAAUGAUCAUAGAACGUAGCUCUCUGGCUCCAAAUGUGAGAGCUCCUGGAGCAAACUCAAGAACCGAAGUGAAAGAAGAGAAGGCGAAAGAGUAUAAGUAUGAUAUCUGGGGAGAUCACUUGACAAAGCUUCAUUUGAUGGAUAGGUUUAAGGAAGUAAGAGAAGGCAAAAGCUGCUCAGGUUUUGUUGGAGAUGAGUCUGAGAGUUUCUUUGUUAAGGGUCCUCAGAACUUGUUGUUAGCAAACUCUGAUGCCAGGUUUGCAAGUUUCGGCAACCAAUUGGGCUUAUAAAGAAAUAAAUAAUAAAAACCAAAAGAUUAAAAAUAUUUUAUAGAAUAAUG